UGGACGGAGUAUCGGUACGUUGAAGAUGGGGACUCCACUCUACUGUUCAGUCCUUUUCAUAAUUGUCAUAGUUUUCGGGGCCAAGUCUUCUCUUUCGUGUGGUCCAUCCUGCUCUUCUAGUAACUGCAGGUGGUCGUCUUGGUCAAGCUGGACAUCGUGUUCGGCUUCCUGCGGCAACUCUGGAACACAGUCAAGGCAGAGAAGAGUCAUUCAACAAGCGUCAUGCGGCGGUUCAUGCCACGGGUCUUCUUGGCAGUCUAGACAGUGCAACAGGUUCUGUUAUAACGGCGGAAGUCUCCAGACCUACGGCUGUAACUGCGUGGUGGGAUACGAAGGAAGCUGCUGCCAAACAAGGGUGACUUGUACACGGCUGUCUGCACCAGCAUACGGCUAUAUCAGAAACAAUGGCAAUACCUACGGCACAACCGUCACCUUUAGCUGUCAGACUGGCUACGAACUGCGAGGCAGCUCAUCGAGGACUUGUCGGUCCGAUCAUAGGUGGUCAGGAAGUCAGCCGUCAUGUCAUAGAAUAACUUGUUCAGCGUUGCCAGCAUUGGCCAAUGGUGUUGCUACUAAUGGGCAGUAUUAUGGUGAUACUGUGACGUUUUCCUGCAACCAAGGGUAUGAGCUGGAAGGAACAACGUCCUUGACCUGUCAGCUUGACAAAACAUGGAGUGGACUCAUGCCAAGGUGUAUCAAAAUCACCUGCCAGCCAGAUCUACCGGUGCCGAAUAAUGGAAGUAAGACAUGUUCUGAAGGAAACCGCUUCCAGUCAACAUGCAUUUUCUCCUGCCAGCUUGGUUUCCGUCGAGUUGGACCAGAAACCAGAACUUGUGAGCACACUGGGCAGUGGACAAACGGCACAGAAACUUGGUGUGAAGAAAUCAUUUGUUUUCCUCUCGAGAAACCAGCCGGUGGUGAUGUGUCUCCUUCCGUAUGUACAUCCCAACCAGUUGCUGCGGGGAGUAUAUGCACAGCCUCAUGCUUUACUGGAUUCACCCUGAGCGGAAACCCAACGGCUGUCUGUUCUUACGAAGGGGAGUGGUAUCCAUCAGUUCUUGAUGUGAACUGUACAGCCAUCACCUGCAAUCAGCUGGAUCCACCGCCAGAUAUCGUCGUUGAACCAGAGAACUGCACACUGAGUGAGGCAAGCUUUCUGGAUAACUGCACGUUCUUCUGCAUACCUGGAUACAGUCAUAAGAAUGGGCCAGAUGUCAUGGAGACUACCUGUUCUGCAUCUGCUGGACAACACAAUGGAGGAUGGACAGUGCCUAUCACUGACAUGGAUUGUCAAGACUCAAUGGACCCUGUGUGCCAAAGUUGCCCUGAAGACGUGUCUGUGUUCUCUGCGAAUCGAGAGUUGGCCAUUGAUUGGAAUGAACCGACAUGGCUAGACAACAGUGGAAACAUAACGGACAUAUUUAGGUCACAUUACCCAGGGUCCCUGUUCUACUGGGGAGCUCCUCAGCUGGUGUAUUACAUCGCAAGGGACAACGCAGGAAACAAAGGAUUCUGCAACUUUACUGUGAUCGUAAAACAACACGCCUGCCCUUACCAAGCCCCACCACAGAACGGUGCCAUUGCCUGUGACACGUGGUUAGGAGGACAGUUCUGCUCAGUGUCCUGUAACCGUGACUUUGACUUUGCUCGUGAGCCAGAAUCCCUCUACUACUGCAGACAGGAGGCUGAGGGAGGAACGUGGUCUCCAUUUUUACCCGGCUUUCAUGAGUUCAUCUUUCCCUGGCCAGACUGCACAAGGAGAAUGCAACCAGCAGCAGCGAUUGGUCUCCAACUUCAGUACUAUUCUUUUGACUGCAAUGUCGACACAGAGGAGAUUCGACAGAACUUUAUCACGCAAAUGAGACAGCUCAACUUCUUAGCACAAGGCUUUUGUAUGGAUGCGGACUGCAACAUAGAUAAUGUUGAAGUAUCGUGUGGAAUGGCUUCUACCACCCGUUCCAAGCGUCAAGCAAGCAGCGUCAUCAAUGUUGACUUUGAUGUAGUGAUUAUCAGAAAGAACAAUUCUGACAACACGUCCUCAGAUGAUCUGACAUCACAUCUUGAGAAUCUUGUGAUGAACAUCCAGGCUGGAGUAGCCCAUGGUGAUUUUAACAUCUCAUCUGGUAACAUCACAAUCGUCCCCAUCCCAGAUUCUUUCACAGAGAUUACAGGGGUGGUACUGAGAUGUAGCCAUGGUCAAGUCCUCAAAAACUCAACUUGCUUGAGCUGUCCGGCUGGGACAUAUACCAACACUACGGUGUGUAAAGACUGUCCAAUGGGUUUCUAUCAGGAGAAGGAAGCUCAAGAAGUCUGUCUACCUUGCCCAAAUGGAACAACAACUCAUUUCCCUAGAGGAACAUCUAUUACACAAUGCAGGGAGUUUUGCAAGCAAGGAACCCAAUUUGACAGAACUACCGCUACUUGUCGGAACGUAUCUGAAGUGAGUACAACACCUGCUAUGGAUGAAGUGACAUACGAGCAAACUGACAACAAUGCCUGUGAUGAGAUAGAGAACUGCCUGCAACCUGCGCACUUCACCAAUUUGUCCUCGGAACAACAGGCCCUACUCCUUGGUGGUGCUUUGAUCUGUGUCGUCAUGGUUGCAGCCGGUUUUGUGAUGGCGUUGAAGUGCAAGAAGAAAAGGAAGAUUUCGCCUUACAGCAUUGAAACGGAAGUGCAAGCAGAAACAGCAAAAGCGAAAGAAGUGGCAGCAUAG